AGCAAACUACGAAGAAGAGAGCUCCACUUGGCACCGUCGACUUGGCACACACAGUCCGUUAUACCCAAUAGCAACCCAGCGAGAGCAGCAGCAAAUUCGUACAGCGAUUACUCAUAUCUGUUCGGGUUCCAACUAGUUUGUGAAACAGCCGCCAUCAUUGCUCCCAUAAGCACCAUGAACGGCCAGAGCUGUGAGCUGGGCCACAGCAAUGGGGACAUCAUCUCACAGAACCAACAGAAGGGCUGGUGGACCAUCGGUCUGAUCAAUGGACAGCACAAGUACAUGACUGCCGAGACAUUUGGCUUCAAGCUGAAUGCCAACGGGGCCAGCCUCAAGAAGAAGCAGCUCUGGACCCUGGAGCCAUCGAACACCGGUGAAAGUAUUAUCUAUUUACGAUCUCAUCUGAACAAAUAUCUAUCGGUCGAUCAGUUUGGCAAUGUGCUGUGCGAGAGCGAGGAGCGCGAUGCAGGCAGUCGCUUUCAGAUCAGCAUCAGCGAGGAUGGCAGCGGUCGUUGGGCAUUGAAGAAUGAGUCGCGUGGCUAUUUCUUGGGCGGCACACCCGACAAACUCGUCUGCACGGCCAAGACGCCCGGCGCCAGCGAGUUUUGGACGGUUCACUUGGCCGCCAGGCCCCAAGUGAAUUUGCGUUCGAUUGGACGCAAACGAUUCGCGCAUCUAUCGGAAUCGCAGGACGAGAUACAUGUGGAUGCCAACAUACCGUGGGGCGAGGAUACGCUCUUUACUCUCGAGUUUCGCGCCGAGGAGGGCGGCAGAUAUGCCCUGCACACGUGCAAUAAUAAAUAUCUUAAUGCUAAUGGCAAGCUGCAGGUGGUUUGCAAUGAGGAUUGUCUGUUCAGUGCUGAAUAUCAUGGCGGGCAUUUAGCUCUGCGCGAUCGCCAGGGACAGUAUCUAUCGCCAAUUGGCUCGAAGGCUGUAUUGAAAUCACGCUCCUCAACGGUCACCCGUGAUGAGCUGUUCUCGUUGGAGGAUUCCUUGCCCCAGGCCUCGUUCAUUGCUGGGCUCAAUUUGCGCUAUGUGAGCGUCAAGCAGGGCGUCGAUGUAACCGCCAACCAGGACGAGGUCGGCGACAAUGAAACCUUCCAGCUGGAAUAUGAUUGGUCGGCGCAUCGUUGGGCAUUGCGCACCACACAGGAUCGCUAUUGGUGCCUGUCGGCUGGCGGCGGCAUCCAGGCCACUGGCAAUCGUCGCUGUGCCGAUGCCCUCUUCGAACUCAUCUGGCAUGGCGAUGGCUCGCUUUCGUUCCGCGCCAACAAUGGCAAGUUCUUGGCCACCAAACGAUCGGGCCACUUGUUUGCCACUUCCGAAUCCAUUGAAGAGAUUACCAAAUUUUAUUUCUAUUUGAUUAAUCGGCCCAUUUUGGUGCUGAAGUGUGAGCAGGGUUUUGUUGGAUAUCGCACGCCUGGCAAUCUGAAGCUGGAGUGCAACAAGGCCACCUAUGAGACCAUUUUGGUUGAGCGUGCACAGAAGGGCAUGGUUCAUUUGAAGGCGCACAGCGGCAAAUACUGGCGCAUUGAUGGCGAGAGCAUUUCGGUGGAUGCUGAUGCGCCCACCGACGGUUUCUUUUUGGAGUUGCGCGAGCCAACACGAAUUUGCAUAAGAUCCGAAGAAGGCAAAUUUUUGGGUGCCACCAAAAAUGGUGCAUUUAAGUUGCUGGAUGAUGGUUCCGACUCUGCCACACAAUGGGAGUUUUAGAUUGCAGAUGCAGAUGCAGAUGCAGCACGUGUUUGGCAAUUGCAACAUUGAUAAUCUUACGGCAAAAACAACAACAACGCGUAUCAAUUUUUAGAAUUUUAAUAACGUGUCGACUUAGUCCAAAACAAACAGAA